AUGAAAGUAACUGUGCUCGCCCUCAUCUUUGGACUGUGCCUGGCAGUCGCUGCCGCUUAUCCUCAGUCCGGUAUUGAUUACUCUAUCGAAAGUGAAGAACUAGAGGAAUUUACACCAUUGGAAUAUGCCGAGGAUACGACCGAUGAAGAAGCAUUCUCCAUUUUAGGUUUCUUGUAUUUGACCAUCAGAGCUAGCCUGCGUACGCUGAAAGGUGUUAACUGUACCGUUAAACGUGUCCUAACCAUUCGUACGGCUGGUGUGGAUUUCUUGGAUGCUGUUCAAGACUGCAAUACCGGCGCUUCGAAGGAAUUUAAUGCGCUUGUUAACCAAGUGCAAGCUGUUGUGAAUACCACCAACGACAUCAUCAACGUGAACACCAAUGUAUGCCACAACGGUGCUUUGGACGCGGCAGCAGAUGCCAAGAAGACGACUCCAAUCAAAUGUUUCUUCAAAUUAUUGGGUAAAACGAUUACGCUAAAGCAUCAGAUAUCCAAGACGAUUUCCCUGUCGAAGAAAUUGCCAUCUACGUCAAGUACCUAUGGUGGAUGCGCUAAGACUUCGGUCAAUGAUUUGGUUGCCGUCUUCACCGAGUUUCCCACUUUCGUGAAAACCUGCUCAAGGUUGAGGAUUUAAGGCGUUUAUUUUAUUGAAUUUUGAAAUGCG